AUGUCGUACAAUGCAGCCAAGCCACGUCCAAUUGUUCUUUGUGGGCCCUCUGGAUCUGGCAAAUCCACGCUGUUGAAGCGACUGUUCAAGGAAUUUCCAGAGCAGUUUGGAUUUAGCAUUUCUCACACAUCUCGUAAACCUCGCCCAGGUGAAACUGAUGGUGUCGACUACCAUUUUAGCGAGCGGGAGGUUCUCAAGACAAAGAUUUCUGAAGGGAAAUUUGUCGAGAGUGCCGAGUUCUCUGGCAACAUUUAUGGUACAUCGUACCAAGCAGUGCAGAGCGUACUUGAACAAGGCAAGAAUGUGAUUCUCGACAUUGACAUGCAAGGAGUGAUUCAAUUGCAAUCCAGGGUGCAGUCGGGAACCUCGCCUUUCACCAACCCGCCACUGUGUAUCUUUGUAGCACCACCAUCAAUUGAAAAAUUGAAGGAGCGACUGACUGGUAGAGGAACAGAGACAAAAGACUCGGCAGAAGCUCGACUGAAUGCAGCGAUCAAAGAAAUGCAAUGGGGAAAGGCCAAUGGAAGUGUGGAUGUAGUGGUAGUCAAUGAUGAGCUGGAUCGAGCCUAUGCAGAUUUAAAGCGGGCAAUUUUCGAGUAA